GUUGAUCUCAGGAGUCGUGGCAUGAACUGAGUGUUUAAAACAAGCCUUGGCUGAUAUAUUACUACUUUUUAUGUUCGAGUUCAUACUGUUCUCAUUUUGCGCAUCAAUUGGCUCUUCCCUCAAACUCGCAUCCUGUAACUGCAUCACUUCAGUUUGUUGACAGCGUCAUUGAAAUUCAGUUCUGAUACACACGCUCCAACUUGUAUAGACAACGACACUCUCCCAAAAAUGACCUCCCAACUUCCAGCCUUCCCUCGCUUUGUCUUUACAAUAGCAGAGCCAAUAUCACUCAUCUCCGGCACUAUUGGCGCCGUUGUAUUCCCCCGUUACUUCCUCGCAGCUCAAACACCAACCCCCAUGCUAUCAUUUCCAGAACAAUCCCUCCUGGUCUCCCAACAACUAGGAAACAUGUACUUCCUCGCCUUCCUCCUCGGCCUCUUUGUCCUUCACAGUACCACCGAGGUCAAAGUCGUGAGGAGCUACCUCUGGGCGCUGUGGUUGGCUGACAUUGGACACAUGGCUGUUACAUGCCGUAUUCUUGGGUGGGAAGAGUCGGUUGGGAUGUUGAGGUGGAAUGAGAUGACUUGGGGAAACUUGGGUGCUACUGGGUUUCUCUUCGCUGUAAGGAGUUUGUAUUUUCUGGGGGUGUUCGGACCCGAUGGGUCAGAUGAGGAGGACACCAGGGGAAGGAAAAAGACAAGGAGGGUGAAAGAGCUGUAA